UGGCUUCCUGUUCCAGCCUCCUGUGGACGUUUUUACUCGGAGAUCCAAACGGACAGUUGGUUAAAAAAUGGCGAGUCUGGACCCACGGAUAGUUCCUGCAGACUUCACGACUCUGGACUCGCGGAUGCUUCUUAAAGACUUCACGUCUCUGGCUCUGCCGUCUGAAGAUGAGAUGAGAUCAGGACAACGGAGAGUCAUGGAUCAAGUGAACUCCAUGAGGAGGACCAAGUCGAGACACUCCAGCAACAGGAGCGGGUCCACCUCUAUGUCCCCGACAAGUAAGAGCUGACAAGAGUCCACUGUCUCCUUGACCAGGGUCAAAUUUAGAGGUUAAAUCUGUUUAUUUGGAGGGUUGGAGGAUCAUUGAGGGACUUAGGAGGAACUCUUCAGGGUUACUCCAGUCGACCUUUUGUUCUAUAAAACAAACAAGACUGGACCUCAAUGUUGGGGAUCAAAUUAACUUUUUAGCAGAGCCAUGCUGUCUCAUAGUUUCCUAAAAUGUCAUCUGGACAUAAUGAUGGGAGUUAAUCCUUGGAAAUUGAGACAGAUUUUUCAGUUGUGGUCCAGGCAGCUGAACUGUUUGAAGAAUCAUCUGGGACCAUUUUAAAGUCCUGAACAUGAUGAAGUGUGGUCAUACAAAGGUCAGUUUUUAAGAUGGUGUUAGUCUGUUUUAGUCUGUUGUAAUUAUCUUAUUUCUAAGGCAGUGUUUGUGUUAUUUCUUUGAUAAAGAAAUGAGUAAAUCCAGGUGUGAAAACCUUUUCCUUUGGAGAAGGCCUCAUAUGACCUCUCACACUUCGGUGUUCAGAAGUCAAAUUUACAGGAUCUGUGUUUAACAACUGGAUGAGAUAUACUGAAAUACAAACAAAUCAAAAGACAGGUGGACUUUGUUGAAGGUCUUGACUGUAGUAAAAGCAAAUCUAAUAAGCUGAACUCUAAAACUAAAGGUCUUUAAGGACCUUGACUAAACAUCAUUACCUUUUAAAUUCGACUUCAGACGACAGAGUCCCAUCUUAAACCGAUAAAUGGAAGUUUGACAAAGUGGACAUCAGUCUGUGUCUGCUGAUUGGAAAAUUACUAAUUUAUGCAAAUCACUGCAGCAGGCAGCCUCAUCUGUCAGGUAAGGUUAAUGUCCGCCUAAGUGAGGAGACGUGUUUCCCUUCUUAAAAGACACCACAUCAAAUCUGUCACAGUUACAGACCAGUGUUUAAUAUCUGUGAUGUUAGAACGAUGCAGUUUAAUAUCACUUCUGACGUAAAUGUCAGUCGUGCUCUGAAAUCUAUUUAUGGAUGAAUUACUUCUUAAAUGUUAUAAAACUGUUUUAAAAAUCAAAUUCAAAAACAGCAACAACGGAGUCAUAUCAGCAUCCUUCAUCGGCCGCUGGCUGACCUCCUCAAUAUCGACCAUAUAAAAAACAAUAUCAGUCAACCACUAGUUUGAGUCUGAGCCCCUGCAGUCUACAGGAGGAAACCCCAGACUGUCCCCAAAGGCAGUGAGUGUGUGACUGUGAUUCAUACUGAUGAGCUGCAGGUGGUUAAAACACUAAGAGGUGGUUGACCGAUUACAGUUUUCCGACGGCCGAUACCGACACCGAUAAUGAGAGAGCAGGUCGGCCAAUAGCAGCCGAUAUCACGUGUUGUUUUUACUUUCCUUUUUUUUAUGCAUUUGACACAAAUGAGAAGCAAAGUUAAGAAAAAGGCAUUGUGGACAUUUGCCCAGAAAAAAAAACUAAAAAGGAUAAAGAUUUUAAAAGUCAUGUAGAAAUCUGUGAUUUCAUGCACUUAAAAAUCAAAUAUUCAUUCUUAUCUCAGCCAGUUAGAUGUUUUAAAUAGAUGUUUAAUAGGGAUAGAUAUAAGGGUCAGUGCUGAUAUGAUACUGAUGACUUUAAAAUGACAUUAAUCAGAGUCUGUCUCUAAAACUAAGACGACUAAAGCGCCUAACAGUCCGUUUCCUAUUUUUAAUCUUUGAGAAACAGAAACUCCAAAGCAUGUUGGUUCUGAACAGCUGACCUGCAAGAAAUUUUGUGUUUAAAAAUCAAUAACAAAAACAAAUUUCACUUUUUUUUUUUUUUACAUUAAACUGGAUUUAAAUCAUCCUGAGAAUAAAUAUCACCGUAAAAUCUGAAAAUUUGAAUAAACAGCUUUAAGAGGGUUCAAGUGUUUUUUUACUUGAUUUGUUAUUUAAAAAAAUUAGUGAUAAAUAAAUAUAUGUAUAGUACUUUCUUGUUUAUGGUGAACAGGUUACAGUUUUGAUCAAAGUAAUAAAUAAAUCAGUGAUAAAUAAAUAUAUGUAUAGUACAUGUAUUUGGUCAGUUCAUGUUCGCUGGACUUCAUCAGUUUUUGGAAUAAUUCAGAUUCCUUUUUAGUGAAUGUAAAAACGUGAAAACAUUAAACAGCUUCAUCAUAACCUAAAGAUUAGACUCUUUGCAAAAGAGCUGACCAGGCAAGACCUCCUUCUUUAUCAUUAAUCAGAGGUGAUCAAUCAAAGGUAUUGAACAGCUGAUCCACCUCCACGUCUCUCCACAGGUCCUACGUACGACUCCGUGUUCGGAGACGGCUCCAGGUUCGGUGCAGCUAAUGGAGGUGCCUUCUUUGGAAAUAGAUUUUCCAGGGCGGUAAGUUGUAAAGCUUAUCUGUUAUUUAUUUCACCGCCAACUGAUGAACCCGUCACGUCUUUUAUUGCCGUCAUCACGGUGACAUGAAGGAUCACUGCUGUUGUAGAAACCACCGCCGCAGAUAUGAGACUGAAGCUCACGUCAAAAGACUUUUUACUGAUUCAAGAAAGAGUUUCUUUUCCGACAGAUGACACAGAUGUUGUGUUGUUUGAGUGAUUUUUAUCCCUCUUAUUUUUUUGUUUUUAAAUUAGAUUUUUUUUGGCUGAUAAAAUAAUAUGUUUUAGUGAAGGAAAGGUUACUUAAUGUCUAUUUUAAAGCUGUCUCCUCAAAUCACCUUAAAACCACUCCCUUCUCUAUUUUAAAAUAUACUUUUAACUUUCUCCUUCAGCUUCUUUAUGUGAGGAUUAGGUCCGUCAUAUUUUUAAGAUAUUUACCUCAUGAUUAUCAUCAACAUAAAAUGUCUUAUUAAUAAUGAAAAUAGAGUGAUUUUAAUGGAAAAUUAAAAAACAAAUGGAGGAGGGCAAGGCAAGGGAGGAGUAAGACAUUCAGACAUUUCUUCUUAAACCUUACUAAUAAACGCAAUUAGGAAUUACAUCAUCCUUUUUAUAAUUAAGUUCAGUUUUAUUAUUCAUCCACAUCACCUGCCUAUUUGAACAAUUGUUAAUCGUGCUUUUAUUUUGGUAAUUUUUCUGCCUUGUGUUAAGGUUGUGUUACGUCCUGUGUCAUUGCUUUUAUUUUGAAGGACAGAAACUCAGGUAGAUCAAAAAAGUCAGAAAGUGUAAUUUUUAGUUUAAUUAGUAAAUCCAAGAGCAACAAAGUCUCAAAAUUGUUGUUAGAUUCAUAAUAAAUGUUUUUAUUUGUUUAUUUUAACACUUUGUUUCGGACACAAAGGCAGUCCACAGAACAAUAAAAAAUAUUAAAUUAAAUAAAAACACACAUAUAUCCACAGAAAAGCACUUUUUCAAAGAGCUUUAAUAUUUAUAAAAAUACAGUUUAUUAUGACAAUUACGGAAAGUAUGUAAUUAAUUAUCUAAGGAUCAGCCAAACUAAUCUAAUCCACCUUUAUUUGGAUUAGAUUAAAAAACAACACGGUUACCAAAGUGCUGCACAAUAGAUAAAAUAUAAAAAAAGACCCAAUGAAGUUAAAAUACAGUAAAUUAAGAGCAGAUAAAAGAAAGAAAAAAGACAUAAAAUCAGAUAAAAUGUUAGGAAAUAUAAAAAACACAAUAAAAGACAGAGACCACACAACCCGCAUGUUUCUAAAUCAGAUUUAUCAUGACCCCGACUAUUCUCUUUAAUGAUACCUGUACUUUAAAGGAACUUUGCUGUUUCAGAUAUGAGUAUUUCUCCUCCUCCUCCUCCUCUUGUACUAAAGACACACUGAGUCCUGACUCCCAGUUCACAGAGGUGACCGAGGUUUCCCCCCACAGCUGUUGCUGAAGUAUCACUAAAACUAAGACCAGUAAACAACAUUUCUGUCGUCCCUGUUUGACUUUUCUUCACCAACAUCUGUUUCCAAACUUCCCAGGUCUCUCUGGCCUGUCAAACAAAAAUGCCUGUACCAUCUUUCCCAGAGAAGCUGCCAAAAGUUCAUCAAACCAGCAUGCGUUGCUGAGCACAAUCUUUCUCAAUUUGAUUCCCCUGAUUCGUGCCAGUCACUCCGUCUCCUCACUUGACAUGAGCUUUCAUUAAGACAGAUGUAUGUUUUGGCUCCACAGCUCAGCCUGGAGAGGAGCACCAGCCAGCAGGUUGUCCACAACAACAACAGAGGAUCCACCAUGAAGAAGAUCACAGCUUCAAACUAUCGGUAUGACAAGAGUUUAGGUGCAGCCGGACAAGCCAACACCAGCCGCAGUGAACCCGAUCUGGCCUGGCAGCGCUAUAAAACCGUGUCUCCAAAACGCUCAGUGCCUCCGCAGAGAGUCCUCUCCAACAUGAGCACAUACCGGGUCGAAAGGUCCAAGAGUCAGCACAUGAACAGCACCCAAUCCCACCCGCAGCUCCAGACUCCCGUUCAAAUUCAGAGUCAGCUGAGGGUUCAGACUCAGCCUCAGAAUCAGAGUCAGGUUCAGACCCAGAUUCACUCUCAGAGUCAGCCUAAGUCCCCGACCCAGCCCCAGCCCCAGCCCCAGUCGGGCUUCAUCACCAACGGCACAGUUCUGGCCAAAUCCAGCAUCAAGGUCGUGACCUCCAAGUCUGGAACGGCAGACAUCACCAUGAAGGAGGCUGUGGAGUAUCUGUCCAGGGAUAACGAGUCGUAUCAGCACUGCGGGGCGUCCUACAUUCAGCACAAUACUUUCAUUGACGACAAAGCCAAAGAGGAGGUACUUCUAUCUCUCUUAUCUUAUCACUUUGGUUUGGCUGUCAAUCAUUUCCAUCUGGGUGUAAAAAUGGAGGGAAAAUUACUAAACAGAAUUCCUGCCAGAAAUUAAUUCAGUGGUUUUCUUCUCACACUGCGUUGGCCCAGAUUCUGCUGACAUGUAUGAGCGUGUGCUGAAUUUGGAUUUGAAGGAAAGUCAGAAUCUCAGAGUGAAUUUUUCUUCAGAUUAGGUGUGACUGUCACGGUUGGACUGACCAGUUUUGAAGCCUGAGGCAGAAAUAUGUCUUUAAGUUCCUGUUUGUCGCCUCGUGUGUGACUGUUUCUACCUUUCCUUUCAGAAACUCACCACCCUAACAUUUCGUUUCUUAAUACUCUGGUGUUCUGUUGGUGGUUUUACACAGUUAGAUUUAUUGUUGAACGUGCACCACAAAAUGUACGGUAAAGUUGGGUUUAUGGUUCCGGAUUAUGGUGGCUCUGAAGGUCAAAUGCACAAAAAAGAUCACAUUGCAAAAAUAAUAAAUAGCAAUUCAUGGGGAUCAAGUGGCCCAGCAGUUUUAAGUGCGGACCCCACAGUUCGACUCCGAGCCAUGACAGCGAGCUUCAUAUGUUCCACUCUGCUCUACUUCCUAUUUCCUGUCUCUCUUCAGACGUCUAAUAAAACAAAGGCAAAAUGUCAACAAAAAAAACUUUUAAUUCCUAAAUAAACUAAAUAAAACUAGUUUAUUAUAAAAUUAAGUUUGCAGUAAAGUUUCAUAUAUUGAAUAAAUAGUUAAUCAUGUGCAAAACUAUUAAAAAAGCAAAAAUAUAGCGUUGAAAAUCUGCAAAAUGUAAAGAAAAACAAAAAAAUCAAUAACACACAAAAAAGAUGAACAAAUCCCUAAAAUACAAAAAUAUUUUAUUAAGAAUUAGUUUUUUCUUUAUGUGAAUUUUUGACUAUAUGGGAAAUGUUUUUGUAAUUUGUUGGAAUAUUUUUAGUGUUUUAUUGAAUAUAUAUAUAUAUUUUUUUUUAAAGGUUAUGCUUUUUGAGAUUUGUUUUUUGUACGUCAUGAAAUUAUUUAUUCUUUAUUUUUGUUUUAUUCUGAAAGGGGCCAAAUACGAUACUAGACAUAAAUAUUUACCUAAUAGACAAAAGUCUUUUAUUUCCAUGGUUGUUUUUCUCCAUAUAAAACCAGUACAAGUUCUGUUUUUGAACUUCAGGGCCACCGUACUUGAGACCACAGUUAGUACUAAUCCUCUCUUAAAGUUAAAGUCUAAAUUGAUUAUCUGGUUAUUUUAAGCCAUCUGAUUGGUUUAUAUUGCAGAUGCAUCUUUGUGAACCACAGUGGAGUCUCUCUCAGCUGAUAUUGUGUCUUUUAUAAACAAACAUCUCAGGGUAAAAGACCUCAAAGUUUCAUAUUUUACAGUGAAAUUAACAGUUUUUUUCUCUUUAGUCUUCUACUCUGUAAAUUAUCCGUUAAAGCCAUUACAUGUCCAGUCCAGCUGAAUUCAUCGGCUUUUCUCGUUCUGUGUUUAAACUUCUGAGACAAAACUGUAUUUGUACACGGACCCUCCUGGGUGCGAUAGUCUAGAAGGAAGGAAACCGACUCACAAUACCCCGGGAUCGGUUCCUUUCAACCUAACAGCUGAUAACAUUAGUGAGGGUUAGUGAGUCUGAUUCUCACAGACAGAAAACUUUGUCAAACAUGAACGAUUCUUUCUCUUCAGUGGCUGUUAACAUAAGGACCUGCUGAGACAUGAGCAGUAUUCAGAGUUUAUCCAGACGUAUGGAGCAGGUGAACCUUAUCUAGGAUAAACUCCCGUGGACCAGCCCUCCUCGGCGCUCUCUCACAGCAGAGAGCACGUCGUAGUAAAAUAGCGAGCUCGGUUCAAAUGAGGUCACGCUCCACAAAACCGCGGAGCCCCGCCUGAGCUGCUCCUCGCUCCUCUGUGGGAUUUCACAAACAUGCAGUCAUGUUGGUGAGGUUUUAUUCCCCCUGCAGUUAAAAGGCUUCACAUUUCUCUGCUGACUUUUUGACUUCAGAUCGUUUAGUCAGACAUGAUGACAGCUAACUCUCCUCAAACUGCGUCUUUUUGGAUUUAUAAAACAGUUAAAACAGCCAAACGACCUGCUGUCCAACUUUGAUUAUUAAAGCUGCUCGUUUCAUACAGGUUAAGUGUGAAAGAAGAGACGGUUACAGAUUUAACCAGGUCCCGCUGAAGAGUCACUCAUGUCUGUGUUGGUAUUUCGAACUCUACCAUCCACUUCAACAUGCAUUAAUUUUAUUUUGUGCAUUUUCAGAGGACAGUGACAGAGAGAUUAAUAAUAGAUUAACAAACCAGGGUGUCGUUUGAGAUCACAACAACUCUCAUCAGGCUGGUUUUUUAACAUGAGAAGGCAAACAGGAUUAACUGAGUGUGUGUUCAUGUGAACGAGGCAGAGUUGGCAGCUAUGAUCGAUCAAUAACAGGAAGAAAUCUGCUUUUAGAGGAUCGUCAUAUUUCACUAACUUUGAUUUUACAAAAUAUGAAGAUCCAGACUGAAAGCGUCACAGCUGUGUUCACAAAAUGAAAAAAGUUUCCCCAUGUCUUUGCUGAUUUUUUGAUAAAUUUCUCACCGUACUUGGUUUUACUCUGAUAGAUAGAUAGAUAGAUAGAUAGAUAGAUAGAUAGAUAGAUAGAUAGAUAGAUAGAUAGAUAGAUAGAUACUGAAUAAGACAAGAGAAUGAAAAACAAGAUUUAAAUAUAUGUACAUGCCUUAAAUAGAACAACUGAAUACAAGAUAGAUAUACUACAUAAAUAUAUCGCUUAUAUAAAUUUCAAUUGUGGAAAAUGUGAAAAAGAGGCUUUUUUAGUUUCAUACAGUCAACCUACGCUAACAUCUGAGAAGUGUUUUUUCCUGAGUCUCUGUUCAGAAAUGAUCGAUCCUGUCCUUCUCUCACUUUGGUUGAUCGUUUGUUUUCAUUUUAGUGGAGGAGAGAAACACACCGACCAUUCAUUCAUAUUUUAUAGGUCUAAAAUUGUAUAGCUGAUGGUGAAAUGAAAAGUCAGUAGGUUGAAUUUUUCCAAAGAUGACCUUUCACCCUGAGCGUCACCUGCUCUGGAGCAGAUUAAAGUAAACUCAUUAAAAACCAAUCCUGCUUCAGUUUCCUACUUUUCUCACUUUUCACUGCAGCUUUAAAACUGUCAUGUGUUUUCUGAAGGCCCUCUCUAACCGAAGUAUCAUAAAUUUAGUCUUUAUUCCAUUUUUCUCCUGUCAAAUGAAUUUCUGUCAAUAUUGUAAUGAUUGUUUCCUUCUGCUGUCUGAACUCACACACCCUCUCUCUCCUCUCGUCUCUCUCUCCCUCUCUCUCCUCUGGUCUCUCAGGUCCAGAGGCUCGGCGGGAUCCCUCCUUUAGUGAACCUCUUGCGCAGUCCCAGUGUGCAGGUGCACCAGACGGCCUCGGCCGCCCUCCGUAACCUGACCUUUAAGAGCAACUCCAACAAGGAGGCGAUACAGCGCUGUGGGGGGAUCACACAGGCCGUGAGUCUGCUCAGAGAGACCGACUCAGUGGAGAUCCAGAAACAGCUGACAGGUAGAGGUCCACUCUGAAACGUACAACCAUCAACGUGUAGUUUGUUUACGGACAUUUUUCUGUGCUGUAUAGACAAAGAGGAAACCUGAAAGCAGAUGAAAGUUUUCCUGUUUUCAGUCUGUUGAGAGUUAAACCUACAAAUCUUUAAACACGUCAACUUGCUGCUGUGUUAGCGGUGAAGAUCAUGCUGAUUUAGACACAAACGCUCUGUGGUCAAACUGUCAGAACAUCUGGAAAAUCUCGUUCUCAAUCUGUCCUCAGUAUCAACAACAACCCAGUUUUCUUUGUUUUCAUGUCAAAGGACUCAAAUGUAAUCAGCGGCAGUGAUUUCUGAAGUAUUUGAUGAGUAGAUAACCAUCACUCUUUCUUUUCUUCUCCUCAGGUCUCCUGUGGAAUUUGUCCUCUGUGGACAGCCUGAAGCCGGACCUGCUGGAGUCUGCUCUGCCGGUCUUAAUGGAGCGUGUGAUCCUGCCUUACACAACAGGUCCAGAGCGGACCAACACCGACCCCGAGGCCUUCUUUCACGCCACCGCAUGUCUAAGGUAAACAAGAAAUCAAACUUUAGCAAUCAAUAUUUACAUGUUUCUUGGUUUUAGCUGCUAAAUCAUUGUCCGUUUUGAAUAUAAGACUGUGACCCGCGUUCUUGACUGAUAGUUUGAUUCAUGCACCAGGAUUCUGUCUAAAACUGUCUGUGUUUUUGAUGAAUGUUCCCUGCAGGGGUUAUGUUUGUUUCUAUAUAAUUAUCUGCAUGAAAGCAGGUUUGUGGUGAGUCAGGCUCGAUGUAAACAGUGUAGGUAAUUACAGACUUGACAAUAUUAUUAAAGGGCCCAAAUUAAGUAAAGUAAGCAGGAAGAGUGUAAUACUGCAGCAGAGACAACACUGUGAAUAAACACAGGAGCACUCUGAGUUUUAGCCCCACAAUCCAACAACAGUUUAAAGGGAUAUAUAACACACCGGAACACUGAGUCACACACCCCCUCCAGAGAUGAAUGUUGCCGACCGCUUGCUUCUCUAGUUAUAUCAACUUUAGUAACGACCACAUUAUCAUUAUUAUUAUUAUUAUUAUCUAUUAUGUAAGGGUGGCUUCAUGAUACAGAUUCCUCAAACUGACCGUCAGGCUUUAUCGGCUCUUCUUUGUGAAGUCGGUCUAUUAAAUGAGCAUCAAUCAGUUUAUUGUCAAAGAUAAUAAGAGAUUAAUAUUAAAGCCGGUCUGCAUGUACAAACACAUGAGAGUAAUAUUAAACAUUGGACCCACUUCCUUGGAAAGCUGUCACUGUUUAACUUCCCUGAUGCUGUCUCUGAGUCACUGACGCAGGCGUAUGAGAUUAUGAGUGUUUGUUUUUCGCCUAAUAUCGUUUCCAUAUCAGACAAUGUUCUCACCACUCCCUCUUUUCCCUCUUUCUCUUUAACAAACGGCUUUUACAAACAUUCAAUCAGAGCAGAGAAAACAAACGUUACCGCUCCUUGUAGUAUUGAUGGUAAUAUUUACUAAAAUGUUCUUUGAAUACGAUCUUUUGUCCGAGUCAGUCACUUUAUUUGUAGAGCGCUUUCAAAGUAAAAAAAUGCUUUAAACCAACAAACACAACCUACAGAAGUCAAAAUAACAACAAAAAACACACUGAAGUACAUGUUUAAGUAGAAAAUAGAAACUGUUUUGACUAACUCAAUGAUGUUCGCGGCUGAAUACUGUUUGAUGUAUCCAAUCAUGUUUACUCUCUUUGUUUCCAUAGAAACAUCAGCAGCUCGCAGCAAAACAACAGACAGGCCAUGAGGAAAUGUCGAGGUCUGGUCGACUCUUUGACCGGUUAUGUUAAAGACUGUGUGGAGGCAGGAAGAACAGACGACAAGGUGAGCGGAGAGAAAAUCUACAUCCUCUUUCUUUCUCUUUCUCUCUUUUCCACUUUGUAUUUUUCCUUCUUUUACAUCUUUGGCCGGAGGAUCCUCAGACCGGCUUAAAAAAACACGCCUUUUUUUAAAGUUUCCACAUCAAAUUUGAACAAUAUGAAUGAAUAAUACAAAAAGAUUAUUUUUGCCACAGGGGGCGCCAAAACUGACUAAAAUCUAAAGUUCCCCAUGGGAGCUUUAAGUUUGUUUUUAACCCUCAUGAAUAUUAUUUCUUACUCCUUUAUAUAUUUAUAUAUAUACUGAAUGUCUUCAUUAGUUAGAGAAGUGUUUGAUUUUCAGACGAGCGUGUAAAUUUCAGGAGUGGUCUAAAGUUACAGGAACACCUGCAAACACCUUUAUAUGACGCAACACAACAGGCUGUGGUUAAAAGCUUCAGAACAAAAUGAAGAUUUUUCCAUUUUUGAGUGAAACAGGAUACAAAACACACACAUAGAUACACACACACACACACUCACACACACACUGGUGUCACCCUGAGGUUAAGAAGUGACCCUCUGUCAUGCUGUGUUGAAACAGUCCGUCGAAAACAGCGUCUGCAUCCUGCACAACCUGACGUUCAAGCUGGAGGACGAGGCUCCGGGUCUGUUCAGCAAGAUCACGGCUUUGAGCAAGAAUUUCAAAAAGGCCCAGGCUGCAGGGGACACCGGCCCCAUCGGCUGCUUCAGCCCCCAGAGCAAAUCCCCAGAACAAGAGGUGAGAGACAGAGACAGAGAGCUGCGACAGAGAGCCGUGACAGAGAGCUGUGACAGAGAGCUGUGACAGCGCAUAUUGGCUGGACCUACAAGUACCUGUCAGUCUGUGUAAACAGCAUCUGUCAGUGUGCAGAUUGAUGUUAAUCCUAUUUCUCAGAGUGACUCGUCCAGUAAUUGUAAUAAUAUGGCAGUUAUGAUUACAUUAAAGCUUUUUAAUGGUUUUGCAUUACCUUUAAGACGUGUAUAUUAGUAUCUUAUAUCAUCUACGCUUUAAUUGGAUCGAGUUUACUUUCAUGUUUGCAGAGAAGUGCGCCUCUCGAAAUGAAAAUGAGUAUUUUUCCUGAGAAGGUACAUGCCAAAGAUGAUCUCUCCCCUUUUUUUGUCCAGCGCCACUUUGACUUCCCAGUCGUGGAGGAUCCUCAUCCUAAUGGAGCAGGUUGGCUCAUUCACUCCCAAACCCUGCAGAGUUACCUGUCGUUGCUCGCCACCAGCCAGCGAGAGGAAACACGGGAAGCAUGCUGCGGAGCGAUGCAGAACCUCACAGCCGGAGAUGGAAUUGUAAGACAAAAACAAAUCAGACAUUUUUUAGACAUUUAAAGAAAUUCUUAGACAUUUUUUUGGACUUUUUUUAAAGAAAUUUUAAGACCUUUUUUUGACAAUUUUGGACUUUUUAAAAACUUUUUUUUUCCACAUUUCAAGACCUUUUUUGGCCUUUUUUCGACAUUUUUUUGGCAUUUUUUUGGCAUUUUUUGGACAUUUUUUGAAGACAUUUUAAGACAUUUUUAGACAAUUUCUUUUACCUUUUUUAAACAUUUUUUAAGGCAAUUUUUAGACAUUUUAAGAUGUCUUUUAGACAUUUUAAGAAAUUUUUUGGACUUUUUUUUAAAGACAUUUUUUAGACAUUUUUCUGACUUUUUCUUUCCUUUUUUUUCCUUUUUUAGGAGGUAAACUUCUGCUCAUAGUUUGUGCUUGAGUAUCUGUGCACAUGCAUGCCCUUAACUCCGUGUGUGUUAUUGGUCUUGCAGGUCUCUGCUGUGAUGAGCCAGACUAUUGUGCAGAAACUGAAAGGCCUGAAAGUUAUAACUCCUCUUUUGAAGUCUAAAAAAGUCAACCUGCAGAGAAACGCUGUGGCUUUGGUAGGAAACCUGACCAAGAACCCAAACCUGCAUAAUAGUCUUGGUAAGAACAAGUGUGAUGGAGUUUUGUCUCUCCAAACCCUCUCUGCUGCCUGUUUUGAACAUAAAGUUUGAAAGCUGAGAAAAUACUGAGAAAACGCUGUCACAAAUUUCUCCCCUUCAGGGUAAAUCUGUCAUUUUUAUCGCUGAUGUGCAGUUUAACAGAUGCUUUCAGGCGCCUAACAGCCAGUGGGUUUCGUUUGUCUUGUUUCUGAAGCUCGUAAAGCGCUCCCCGAGCUGGCAAGCAUCGUCAGCGCAGGCACCAAGGAAGGGAACGAGUCUGAUGACACUCUCGCCAUGGCCUGCCAAACGGCCAACGUCCUGUUUAACAAGGAUCCGGAGAGUACCAUGCACCUGUUGAACCCCGUGCUGAUAACCUCCCUGAAUGAGCUCAGCCAAAACGGGUGAGGCUGCUCACCAGUUAAGAGAGAAUGUACCUGCAUACGUGCUCGAUAAGAUAAUGAAAGAUGCGGGUUUUCUUUUGUCUGCAGCCCUGUUAAAGAGCUUUAACUCUUGUUUCUCCUCCCUGUAGAUAUUUCUCAAAGUCGAAGAAAGCUGCAGCUCUGCUCCUCUACAACCUGUGGUCAGAAAAAGAUCUGCAAAGCUUCCUCAAAAAGGUGAGAUGAAUAAUAACCUUCAGUGCCAAGAUCUGUCUGGGUUUGGGUGUGUCCUUUUCUGUUUGUUACCCUCAACUUAAGAACCCACACCUCUCUCAGGUAUUUGUGAGAAACAGACGGGGAAAGGAAGAAGGAUUAGGGAGAGUUUAGAGUGAGAACACUGAGGUAACUCAGCGGAGGAAUCUAGCAGCUCAGGUUCGAGGAGGAAGCGCACAUGGGACCGUGUUAGCAGAUACAUGUUACUACUUCUGCAGAUGCACACAUGUUUUACACUAAGUGUGUUUAAUAGUGUUCACAGACACCCUGACGUCAUCCACCGUGGCUGCCGUACAGUUGUUGUUUUGUUUUGGUUUUUUUCUGGGCUAUAAAUCAACCCAUCCGGGGGAAAAGGGUGGAGCAGUCGAGGACAGAGGGUUGGGAAAGAUAAAAUAUCAAAGUUGUGCAGCCGUUGCCUGUGGCUGAUUCAUUAACUGGUGAAUUAUCCUCUCGACUAUUGUGUUUCCCACAGAAUGAGGCUGCGUUUGUAGUGGUAACCGAGCGGCGUUAUUCGGGCCGAACAAGCUCACCGUGAACCAAAUAAUUACUCAGAAGAAUGUAUUUAAUUAUCAUGAAGGACAGAUGUCCUCCUACAACAACAACCCUGACCGUCAAUAAUGAAGAACCAGGAAUUAAUUAGAGAACAAGUGAGUGUGGUGAGCACUGACCCCGAAAACCUGCUGAUCGACUCUAAAAUGUGUGAGUCUGUGUUGGUGAACAUCCUUAAACCUGUGCUGAACGGUUUAACCAGUAACAGCCAAACUGGUCUUUCUUUUGAAGAUAUUAAAGUCGCUAGUUUGACUGAUUUUAGGAUUUUUUUAAUUGUUUGUGAGGAGAUCAAGGACCUGCUGAAAGAUCGUAUGUGCUGAACUUGUUGCUGCAGAUCAGCUUUAAAGACCCACUCCGAUGAAAAUCAUGUUUUUCUUGUUGUCUACAUGUUCAUAUGACAUUUUCCUGACGCUACAGGACAUAUCAUGAAAAAAACUAAGUGUGAAAUUGUAUUUCUGUGUUCAAGCUCGUCCCCCAGAGCCCCACUAUGCAGGCCAAAGUAGAGAAGACGAUCAGGAAACAAGUGUUUAUGUUAACGGAUUUCAAUGCUCGUCAGAAAGCUAAUUAUGAUAUUAACUUUCAUCAUGUCCCUAAAAACAUUAGUGUCCUAGAGCUGAAUAGCCCCUAUGUUACCUGCCACUUCAACUACAUCAGCAAAGUUAGGCUACAAGCUAGCAUGAAGAGGAGUGUACAGAGGCCUCCAUGAGAACAGCACCCUCUAGUGACGGGCUGCAGUAUAGGUCAUAAACCCCGCCUCCUUAUGGAGCUGUGGACAAACUUAAUAAAUGAAUGACACAGAAUAUAAAUGUUUCUCCCCCCUGGUUGUGAUGUUGACAUGUAGUUACUGUCAGACUGGUUUGUGCUCAAGUCCUCUUUUUUCUGUACAGCUCCAUUUUUAAAAGUUAUGAGGGGGUUCAUGUUUUCUAUGAUUGACACCUGAUACAGCCUAUAGGCGUACGAAGAAUGCGUUGCUCACCCGGGGGAUACGCUGUUUGAGCCGAGCGUCAUCACAGCGACACUCCCGCCAAACGCGUACAAUGCUACCUCGAGUGGUGGUUCCAGGAAGUGGAGAAGAUCCCAGAAAUACUGAGAGCAAUUCGGCUACAAAUUCUUAUAAUGACGGAAGGCGGAGCCAAGUUGUCCAUAGUGUAUACAGUCUAUGGUGCAGAGCAGCGCUGACUCCGCCCACGACUCAGAGGUGAAUCGCUAAUGAGCGACUGGAGCUCUGCAGAAGAAAAGUCCUUAAAAAUGACACAGGUAACGUGAUUUUAUAAUCACAGUUUAAAAACCACUGAGAGCACUUAAAGUAGUAAAUAAAAUCACGAUCGGUGUGAGACUCUGAUGACAUUAAUGCUGCACUUUAAUAUCAACAAUCUAAGAACACGGCCGACUCACGGCUUCACCUUCAUUUUGCUUCUUUGUCUCUUUGUUUCUUUGUUUGUUUGCUCUGUACUGUUUCUGUAAUUAAAUACUGAUUUAUAUUUAACUCCCUAUCCUGCAGCAAGGGAUGACGAAGGCCUCGUUCGUGAAUGACGUUACCAUGGCAGCACACAGGUCGAUUCAGAUCGUGGAUUGACGCAGCAGGUGGACGGAUCUCUGAAAGUCACUCUCUGCCAAAACUUACCUGCAAGUCCCCUCCCAUCAUCGGGACAUAAAGGCGCUGAGGCUGUGCAGCAUCCUCUCUCAUUUCACUGAGACUCACAGAUUUUUAUGUAACCGUAGAAACAUUCCAUCGAUCCAAAGAAACCAACAGACACCUUGUAAAUGCUGUAGGAAAAUAGGUGAAGGUAAAGAAGUAACAUGCAAGCAACCGAAUACAAGCUUUUGAUUCGCUUUCUGACUCUCCGCUGCUGUUCUGUCUCUAAAUGAAAACCGUACGUCUGUGCCUCCGAUGUUUGGACCGGGAACAUGAGCUUUUAGAUAAGGGGGAAUAUUUUUGUUUGCACUAAAAUCACCAUAUUUUCUAUCUUAAAACAAAAAAAAACUGUAAAACAAGAGGAAAGAUACAGAGCCCGGGAGGUGAGAUUAACUUUUUUCUUUUUAAUUUGCACGUGUGAUUUAGUCUACAUUCGAGUUACCUCAGAAGUCAGAUGUCGGAGCUGAAAAUGGCGUCACACCCGAGUUCCCGGUGUUUCAGUUACCAAAUCAAAAAAAAAAGCAAAAAAAGAUGGCUACAUCUACGAAAGUUAUUUUAGCCCUUAGCUAGUCCGAAUAUAACAAGGACAAGGCAAGCGUUUGACAUCUGAGGUAACUUGAACGCAGCGUUAGUAUCUUACGUGUGUGUUUUAUUAUAUGGCAGGUGAGAUUUAACUGUUUGUUAAUAAACACGAUCACUUCCUGCAAGUCCGAAUAUCGUCGAUGGCAAAGUCGCCGUGCUCUUUGAGAAUCAUACUUCAAUAAAAUAAAAUGUCGAUAAUAUGCUCUCCGUCCAUGACACCGUCCUUCUCUCACAAAUGAGGCACAUGGAGGAUUAUUUACAAGAAUGCAUGUGCAAGAUACAAAUAAACACACGUUCGAGACAUUAAAUCGCACAUGCAAAUAAAAAAAAAUAAAAGUAUUUGUCACCUCCCGCACUCCGUAGAAAAAAUGUUUUUUAAAAAGAAAAUUUUAUCAGAAUUUUUCUAGUUUUCAGAGUUGAUAAUUUUGAGUCAUUGUCUCCAGAGGUGACGUGUGUUUACAUUUUGUAAAGGUGACUUUUUUUUUUUUUUUUUCAGAUGGAUGUGUUUGAUUUGAAAUGAUCUGCUUUGUCAAUAAAGUUGUAGGAGAUGGACGGCGAAGGUGUCUGUGGGUUUCUGAAUCAGCACUCGUUCUCCGAGUUUAAGCUCAUCAUCAUUAGUCAUUGUCGUCGGUGCGACAGAAGGAGUUUCGACAAACCUCCUCUCCUCCUGUCACACCCCUCUCAUGCUUCUGGCAGAUGAGCAGCACCUCUUUCAGAUUCAGUCCGACUCCACCCUGAUGAUUUAUCUUCUAACACCUUUGAACAAACUGUUGGACGCUGUCUCUGCAGCUGUCACUGUGCUGCUAUAUUCUGCAUUAUGUAACUGAGGUGAACUUUGGACCUUCAUCAGGAUCCAACAGUCACGGGUAAAAAUUAGAUUUAUGAGGCUUCGGGAACGAUUAAUCCCUUUUAACUCCUUUUUUAAUAAUUUCACACCUUAGACUUUAUAUGAUGUUAAUAUUCAAAGCCAACGCACUGACCUUAACCUGCCAAUCACAGUAACUGGUUUGUAAGCAAACAAUGUCAGAGCAGUUUUGACAAACACAAUUUGACCUCAUUAAAGAAGGUGUGGCUUUAUAUAAUCAUCAUGAAUUCAGUGCAUGUUGUUCCCACAAGUGAAAGUGUCACAGUCUUAAAAAAACACCAAACUCCUGCUGUGACGGAGAAAGACUUUAAUUCAUGACACCAUAAAAUCCACACAAAGUUCAACAGUUAAUGAGUCUGAACUCAACUUUCCAGAUCUCUACAUGUGACAGAUUUACCGGUACGACAUGCAUUAAAGUGUCGCAAUAAUAAAGCUGUCACAUUUUUAGAUACCUCUGAAUGCUUAGGUCAUAAUUUUGGAUCCCACACCUCCAAUCAGAUCCUUGUUAAACAACCACAAGCUGCAGAGUCGUCGUCUGAUCAGCCUCCUUCACUCAGUUUAAGUUUAGAGAAUCCUACGAUCAUGUUGAAAUGAGCCUGUUUGAGCCUGUUUGAGAGUUAAGAAAACAUUUAAAACACGGUGCACCUUCCUCUCGGUAAUUUAUUGGCAAGGUGAUGCCAGGUUCGUGCUGGUGGAUGUCAGGUGUUACUUCCUCAGGCCACGCUUGCUUCUUCUCCCCUUACUAGACCUACAAGUUUGAGAUAUCAAAGAUGCAUCAUGUAAGGAAACAGCGUGCAAUCAACCCCAUCCAUAAAGCAUUUCUGGACUUCCACAUUUAAUUUCUUAUAACUUUUUAAUCCAAAUUUAGCCCCAACAGCUGUAUUCUAAAUCAAGGUUUAUUUAUUUAUAUUUUUUUAAAUUCUAUUUUAUUUAAGGUAAAAUUAAGACAAUGAAUGACAGUUUGACCUUAUUAAUUCAGGAGUUUUUUUUCACGUUAAAGCUCCAGUGGGGAUUUUUUUUUUUACCUUUGUGAAAUACAGUGAUUUUUUUUUGUCUUUUUAUGUUUAACCAAAAUGAAAAAAAUCAUCUUGGACAAGACCGCCAAUUUUAACAUUGUGAUUUUCAGUUCAUUACAACUGUGCCGCCUAAUUUUAACAAUUUCAACAAUAUUUUUUUCCUUUUUGUGAACCUUUUAUGUCAUAAAAUAUUCACAAAAUUGAUUUAUUUGACUUUCCAAAGCCAGCAGGUAAAGACUUUGUGUCAGCAGACACGACUUUAGCAUGCAGAAGGCAAGAUAAGCAAAGACUGUUUUGGCCACAGGGGGCGCCAAAAUUUAUACUGACUGAAAGUUCCUCACAGGAGCUUUAAGGUAGAAAUAUCUGGUGAUACAUUCCAACUAAUUUCAAUGUAAUUUAAUUCAAAAUAAAGUUAUAAUUUAUUUAGGAUAUGUCUUGUUUUUGAGGGAGUCCCAACACUGAUACAAAAAUAACACAAAACACACAAUAAUCCACUAUAAACACAAAACAUACUGCUCUACCAAUUCCACAGCCCCAACAUCCC